GCUGUCCCCGUCGCGCAGCACCCUCGCCGGGCAAGGCGGGGGAGCGACCGAGAGGUGGGCAGGGGGAGCGUCUGGGCCGUAGCCCAGGAAGAGCUCCGGAGGCAGUCCGGCUGCCCGAGCGACCAUGGGGCUGGAGAAGGAGAAAGCGGACACCAAGAUCUUCAUGGACGAGGAGGGCUUCAAUCGCGGCAGCAGCCCCGCUCUGUCCGACACGGAGGCCAGCUUGGACAAAGUCGUCGACAGGGACCCGAACGGCAUUAACUCCCAUCUGAAGCUGGGAUUUGAAGAUGUGAUCGCAGAGCCACCAUCAACUCACUCCUUUGACAGAGUUUGGAUUUGCAGCAAUGCCCUCUUCGAGCUCAGCAAGUACUUGAUGUACAAGCUCCUGACACUUUUCCUUGCUGUCCCAUUAGCUCUGGUGGCAGGAAUUCUCUUUGCUGUGCUCAGCUGCCUGCACAUCUGGAUUGUGAUGCCUUUCAUAAGAUCCUGCCUUAUGGUCUUGCCUCCUGUGCAGGCUGUAUGGAAGAGUGUGACAGAUGUUUUCAUUGCACCCUUAUAUCACAGCAUAGGAAGGUGCUUUGCAGCAAUCAACAUACGCCUGGACAAAGAGUGAACAUCUGGGAUUCAACAAUCCUCUAAACUUCAACGAUGUUAGUCCUUGCUGACAUAGCUUGGAAACAUUUAAACAUCCAUUCCAAAACUACUACUCUUUAAAUGAUUUUUUCUUUUCUUUGUUUUUCUUCAGUUGGGUUGCACUUUUUUUCUGGAACGGAAGCUUGCUUUGGGGAAGAAAAAGAAUUCUUUAAGAAGUUAGCUCAUAUUCUAACUGAAAAAUAAUGGGCUAUGUUUGGCAAUGCCUUGUUUUAAUGGUACUAUGAUUGUCCGGUUGCCCCAAACUUGACAUACAUUAGCAAAGCACAUCUGCUUGUCUAGAGAGGGAGCUACAUAACUAUUACGAAUCUUAACUACAGGAAGUCAGUGUGCACUAAAUCAACUACAUGUGUAUCUAAAUCCCAGUUUCCUUGGAAGUUAUAUCAGCACUAGACCUGGCCUUUAUCUCACUGUUAAACUAUACAGCUGAUUCCCAGAAUUAUGAAUGCUUCCACAAUAUAGUCACGUCUGAAAACUUUCCUCAUCUGAAUCCUACUGGUUAACAUGCUACAUAAGCAGCCUGCUUGCAUGACCCUUCAGCAUCCUUCUGGCCCCAGUGCCUGCUUCAUCUGCUCCAAUCCAGUGGGUGUUCAUGGGCAGCUGCACUUUGGUCCCGCAGUUAGUAGCAGAAGCUGAGCUUGGGCCGUAAUCAAGAUUUGAGUUGGAGGCUUGAGAACAACACAGGAAAGGGCAGAAACCUGGGAUAAUAUUUGAUGAAAUAAGCCUCACUCUGCCCGUGAACUCCAGCGACCAAUGCUGCAUUUCCCUCUUCCCUUUGAUGCUUAAAGAAACUGUGAGAUCCCUGAAUACAUGUUUCUAGGUAGGUGUUAGCCUAGGUCCCAGCUCAGAUCACAUGAGUGCCUGUUGAAGCACUGGCAUCCUUGCCAUGGAGCUCAGGUAACAAAUGUGUUCCGGGCCACAUCGGCAGGUUGUGUAGUAAGGGAAAAAUGCAGACAGCCAGUCCCUUUCAAGUGAAUCAGGAAGUCAUUUCAGUAGAUGGCUUACACCAGGGGUGGACAACUUCUGACUCUCCAGAUGUUCUGAGUUAUGAUUCCCAGAUCUCUCACCAUUAGCUGUGUUGGCUUGGGAUGAUGGCAGUUGUGGGCCAAAACAUCUGUGGGGAGGAGCACAACUUGCCUACACAUGGUUCUGGACUUGGGUGAGAAAUCUUUAUCGUUAUGGUGUUUUGCAGGAUAAUGCCCCCUCGCCUCAUUCUGAAGGGUGCAUUCUCUCGAGGAUUCGUGGGGUUCUGCAGAUGUGGUCAUAGUUCACAAUCCAAUGAGUUGUGUUCAGACAUUUAUGCAAAAUCAUACAGAAAAAGGGAAUUACUUAAAUACUUCUGGUUUUGGCUUACAAAUUCCUAAAGAUGAAAAAGAGAACAGCAAACGUAUUCCAAAUUCCUUUUUAUCCACACCCCCACCCCAAAUUUGGGCUGAUGUGGGUUUUGGGCAGGUAAUAAUUCCUCAUGCUUUAUUUAAUGAAAUAUUUUGACAUUGCUGUAUAUAUUGUGUUUUUAUGUGUGUAAAUGGUAUUGGAUGGGUUACCUUGAUGUGUUAUUUUUUAAAAUUUCUGCAUUCUUGCCACACUGUCAUUCUAAUGAAGUGGGAUGCCUCAGCCAGUUGCCUGCUUGGGUAAUCUUCUGCCAUGCACUGAGAGGGUGUAAGCAACAUACAUGUCCAGGAGGGUUGGCAUAUGGAAAGGAAGAGGAAGCCUUUGUGAACUGCCCUUUGCUCAAGGAACCUGAUGCAGGAUCCUAUCACAUCUUGGAAACUAGCGCAUCCCAUGUGGAAGCAGCUGCUACCUGCUUCUCAUCUCAGCAGUGUGUGGAUCUCUCUUCUCCCACACUGGGAUGCAUAUCGUUCUUGUGUUCCUGAUUCUUGCAAUUUCCAUGCCUGGAAAUACUGGCAUGUGGCACUUUUGGGUGCAUGAGCAUCUCUAGAGUAGGACCAAUGAAAUUCUAAAUAAGUGGGGUUUUGUUGUCUUGACUAUGCAAAGCAUCAGUUGAAACACCCAUGUGAUUCAAAAUAUACCAAAGACUGCAUAUAAUUUUGAUACCAAAAUACAAGCUAUGCAAAAGAUUCUGAACAAUGUUUUUAAAUUUGUUUUUAUUAAAAUUGUCUAUAUUGCAUUGAAGAGUUUCUGCCUUUAUAGUACAGCAACACUAUUCAAUAAUUCACAUAAUAAACAUUUUACUGACACCUUGAA